AUGUUAUUGGCACACACUAUUCACGACUCUUACCAUGUAUUUCCAAAUUUUUAUUGUGAAUGUUUUCCGCACAUGAAAGGAAAAAAUCAUUACAACAUUCCAUUGGCACUAAUAUUCCGACAAUGUCUCUAUUCAGAGAGUGACAUUGCAAGCUACAUUCUAGGUUGGAUGAGCAUUAUCAUGAGCAUGAUUAGUUUAUUUCCACAAAUUAUUAAAAAUCAUGUAUUUCAAUCAGCAUCGGGAUUGAGUAUUCAUUUAUUUAUUAUUUGGAUGAUUGGAGAUGUAACGAAUUUAAUUGGAUGUAUUUUCACAAAUCAAUUAUCGACUCAAAUCUAUUUAGCAAUUUAUUAUGUGUCCAUGGAUGUCAUGAUCAUUUCACAAUAUUGUUAUUAUGAAGUACGAUGGAAAGAUGUCAUUGAGAAGUGGAAAGAAAUAUUUUACACAAUGAAUCAUCAAAUUUGUAGUGGAAAUAGGUUGAAACAGAGCAUUCAUCGGUCUACAUCUAGUAGUGAACAGAACACUCGGUCCUAUACUUUGUUGAAUACUCAUGCUCUUAUUCAAUUAUUCAUCAUGACAACAUUGGUAGCUUGGAUGUUUCAGAGUCAAGAAGAGGAAAUGUGGAGUUCCAUUUUUGUACGGGCUCAAUCUCAUCUUCAAUGGAAUACAAGAAGAGCCAAUAAUUGCGAACAAACUACUUCUGACAACUCAAUGUAUGCAUUGGGAAUUACUUGUUCCUACAUUUCAUGUAUUUGUUACAUCAUGGCAUAUGUACCUCAAAUUUACAAAAAUUUCAAAAAGAAGAGUGUCAAAGGCUUAUCUCUUCUCAUGUUUUUAAUUGAUAGUCUCACUCAAAUUCUAUAUAUAUCUAGUAUUAUUGUAUUCUACGCACAACAACCACAUUCAUAUUUUGAUACUGUAUCUGUAUUACCAUUUAUUGUAGGAAGUGUAUUUACCUUGAUCUUUAGUGCUCUCAUACUUGGUCAAUUUUUUUACUAUAACAACAAACGUAGGAACAGUCUCUUUAAGGACUGA